GUCCGGGGCGGGGGCGGGGGAGGCGUCCUCCGAGGAGUCCGCGACCCCCGCCGACCCCGGGCCCGGUCCGAGCGGAGAGAGCGACGGGAGCGGGUCCCGUCGAGGCCCGGAGGAUGCUGUGACCCGAAGAUGGGGUCGCGGAGCAGCAGCGCAGGGUCAGGGGCCGGAGAUCCCUCGGAGGGCCUGCCCCGCGGCCAGGAGGAGGAAGAGGAGGAUGAAGAUGUGGAUCUGGCCCAGGUACUGGCCUAUCUCCUCCGCAGGGGUCAGGUGAGGCUGGUGCAGGGGGGCGGCGCGGCCAGCCUGCAGCUCAUCCAGACGCUCUCCGACUCGGACGAGGAUAACGACAGCGCCUGGGAAGGACGCCUCGGGGACCGCUACAAUCCUCCGGUUGACCCGACCCCUGACACGCGGGACCUGGAGCGCAACGAAAUCAAGACCCAGGUGGAGCUGGCCACGGGGUGUCUGGGACCGAGGCGGGCCGCCCGAGAGCGCAGCUUCCCCCGCUUGCUCCAGCAGAGGGAGCGGGGUCUCUGCCACCAUGGCGGCUUCUCCCCCGGAGAGCGGUCCAGGGUCGUGUCUCAUUUCCUGCCCAACCACCUGGGCUUCACGGACUCCUUCAACCAGAAGGCUUUCUGCGGCAUCUACAGCGAGGACGGGCAGAUCUUCAUGUCGGCCUGCCAAGACCAGACCAUCCGGCUCUAUGACUGCCGCUACGGCCGCUUCCGCAAGUUCAAGAGCAUCAAGGCCCGGGACGUGGGCUGGAGCGUCUUGGAUGUGGCCUUCACCCCCGACGGAAACAACUUCCUGUACUCCAGCUGGUCUGACUACAUUCACAUCUGCAACAUCUACGGAGAAGGAGACACCCAUACUGCCCUGGACCUGAGGCCCGACGAGCGGCGGUUUGCCGUCUUCUCCAUCGCCGUCUCCUCGGACGGGCGGGAGGUCCUCGGAGGGGCCAACGACGGCUGCCUCUACGUCUUCGACCGGGAGCAGAACCGCCGCACCCUGCAGAUCGAGUCCCACGAGGACGACGUGAACGCCGUGGCCUUCGCUGACACGAGCUCCCACAUCCUGUUCUCGGGCGGGGACGACGCCAUCUGCAAGGUGUGGGACCGCCGCACCAUGCGGGAGGACGACCCCAAGCCCGUGGGCGCGCUGGCCGGGCACCAGGACGGCAUCACCUUCAUCGAUAGCAAGGGCGACGCCCGGUACCUCAUCUCCAACUCCAAGGACCAGACCAUCAAGCUCUGGGACAUCCGGCGAUUCUCGGGCCGCGAGGGGAUGGAGGCCUCCCGCCAGGCCGCCACGCAGCAGAACUGGGAUUACCGCUGGCAGCAGGUGCCCAAGAAAGCCUGGCGCAAGCAGAAACUGCCGGGGGACAGCUCUCUGAUGACCUACCGAGGCCACGGCGUCCUGCACACCCUCAUCCGCUGCCGCUUCUCCCCGGCCCACAGCACGGGCCAACGCUACAUCUACAGCGGGUGCUCCACGGGCAAAGUGGUCGUGUACGACCUCCUCAGCGGCCGCAUCGUGAAGAAGCUGACCGACCACAGGGCCUGCGUGCGGGACGUCAGCUGGCACCCGUACGAGGAGAAGAUCGUCAGCAGCUCGUGGGACGGGAACCUGCGCCUUUGGCAGUACCUCCAGGCCGAGUACUACGGCGACGACCUCCUGGAGGCCGAAGAGCCGCACCCGCAGGCCGCCCCGUCGCCGGCCGACCCCCCCGACCCCUCCGCACCGCGCUCCUCCUCCCAGUAGCCCCGUCCCGGCCCUCCCGGUCUGCCGGCCACCGUCUCGCAGGGGAGGUGGCGGUGGGAGGGCACGGAGAGGGCCCGGGCUACCGCCGGCCUCGCCCCUCCCCGUCAGUCCCCCCACCGGCCCGAGCGGGGCCGGCCGGGGCCCCGUGGGUGUUUUUUAUUCACGUUUGGAUUCUACGCGGCGGCGCUAGCCACGGGGGCCGUCCCGGGCCCGCCCAAAUCGCCUCCCCCGGCCCCUCGACCGGGGGCCGGGCCGGCCUUUCGGAGGUCCGGUUCCGUCCCCGUCCCCAGACUGCCCUGAGGCCCGUGUGCCGCUUCCUCCAGAGGGGACCCUCUCCUCCCCCGCUCCGGCCCGGGAGUCCGCCCUCUCCCCCGGCCACGUCGCCGGGGCCGGGGGGCGCCGGGGGGAGGUGGCUCACGGCCCCGUCGGCUCUCUGCCGCCCCCCCCGCCCCCCUCAUCUCCCCUCACUCUGGGGGCCGGGCCCCUCCCCGCCGUCCCCGCUCACCGGCUGUACACUGGCUUCGGCUCCUCAAUAAACCCAGGCUGGGAACCGG